GUGCACGUCAGCACUUUCUUGUUGGCCCGCUGCUGCUGCAACCGCGCCCGCUUGCGUGCUGCUGCUUAUAUACAGAAAGACCGCGAAACCCUGGCAUCAACUGCGACACGUUCGAAAGAUAUGAUAAAAUUUGCCAGCAGCAUUUCGGUACUCCAAUCAGCGGCGGAACUUGGCGGCGUGGAUCUCGAGAAUUGGCUCGUGGUUGAUCAUCAGUAGUAUUAGUGAACAAAUCUUGCCUGCUGUGUUUCGUCGCGUCGGUCUUAUUCGCGCUUAUAUUGGUCUUUGGAGGACGAGAGAAUCAUGAGUUCGACGAAAGUAGACGACAGGGACGUUGAGUCCAAUGCCAGCGUCCCUUUCGAGAAGAAUGCAGUUGUCCGGAACUACUCUUCAUGCAGCAUGCACACCACAGCCUUGACCGAAAGCGAUAAAGCUGAUGAGCGCUCAGUGGCCACCAGUGAUGCCAAACCCGGUCAGUCCUUUGCGGCGUUCGACGAACUCCUUCCCCACGUUGGGGACUUCGGCCGGUAUCAGAAACUCCUGAUUUGGCUCGUGUGCCUUCCGGCGUGCAUUCCGUGCGGCUUUCACGCCUUCAACCAGCUUUUCAUGGCCGAUGUGCCGGACCACUGGUGCAGAGUGCCGGAACUCGAAGUCAGUCGCUCCGGGCUCACCGAUGCCGUUCGGAAAAAGCUCAGCAUCCCGAUCGAGAGAAAAGAAGCUUCAGGUGACCUCGUUUCCGAUCUCUGGACGCAGGACGACGACCCCAAUGAUGGGACCUACAGCCGGUGUCGCAUGUACGAUAUUGAUUACAACAAACUACUCCGCCACGUCGAUUUCAACAACCUCACCGCCUUGCCCGAUGCUUCGUGGCCGACGAUCGAGUGUUCACACGGCUGGAUUUACGACAAGUCGGAGAUAUUUUCUUCCAUCGUCAUUGAUUUCGAUCUGGUUUGUGACAAAGCUAUGCUGCCAACGGUUGGACUCUGUGUUCUCAAUAUAGGUGGAAUCAUCGGCGUUUAUUUGUUCGGAGUGAUUAGUGACAGGUUCGGGAGAAGAAUCUCGUUCUUUUUGUGCCUCGGGACGGAGCUGGUGGCCGGGAUCGGGACAGCGUGGGCCACGAACGUCGUUACCUGGAUGCUGAUGAGAUUCAUCGUCGGACUCACGAUCCCGGCUAUCUACCAGAUCCCCUUCAUUAUAUCCAUAGAGCUGGUCGGACCACAGUACAGAGGGUUCGUCACGGUGAUGACUUGCUUGGCUUACACGUUGGGGCUACUCAUGUUGUCUGGAGUGGCGUAUCUCAUCCGCGAUUGGGUUCUCUUGUCGUACGCCACAGCGCUGCCUUUCUUCCUCUACUGCGGCUACUGGUGGUUCCUCCCGGAGUCCCCGAGGUGGUUGUUGGCCAAGGGUCGACUGGAGGAAGCUGCGCAUGUCCUGCGAACCCUGGCACGCGUAAAUGGGAAAGUCUUGCCGAAACAGUUCUAUCAGGAAUUGCGGGAGCGCUUGCUGCUGCAGAAGAUGAUGGCGCAGCAACACAGGGAGAAAGAGGAGCCGAAGGCGGGAUUCAUGGAUCUAUUCCUGACCCCGAACAUGCGAAAGAAGACGCUUCUCGUGACUUUUAAUUGGUUCGCCAACGAGACAGCCUACGUUGGGUUGAGUUACUACGGCCCCGCGAUGGGCGAUAACGAAUACAUGAGCUUUUUCCUCUCGAGUUUGGUGGAAAUCCCGAGUUACCUGGCGUGUUGGUUCUUGAUGGACGUCCUCGGCCGACGGUGGCCGAUGAGCGUGGCUAUGAUGAUUGGUGGAGUGGCUGCAAUUUUCACUGUUGCUAUACCAGAAGAGGAGGCAACCAUGAAGCUUGGACUGUAUUUAGUAGCCAAAUUCGCCAUCGCAGCAUCUUUCCUCAUCAUAUAUCCAUUUGCCGGGGAGCUGUUUCCCACCGAAGUUCGAGGGAUUGGAAUCGGAUUCUCCGCGUACGUUGGCGGGAUCGGCUUGUGCAUCAUUCCUUUCGUCAAUUACUUGGGAAGACACAUGCUUGUGCUGCCGUUGAUUGUGAUGGGAGUAAUCGCCUUUCUGGGCGGGAUACUCGGCCUUGCCCUACCCGAGACUUUGCGGCAAAAACUACCCCAGACUAUCGCCGAGGGCGAAGAAUUCGGCAAGGAUCAGAAGUUAUUGACGUGCACGCUGCCCAAGAAAGCCAGUGACUUGAAUUUGGGGCGGUAUGGCUCUGUGAACUCCGGGAAGAAUCGCUUGAGCAUGAGGCAUACAACCAACAUCAUGUUGCCUCCUUUGGCAUCCGCAGCAACGAACGCCGAAACGAUGAAACUCGGCUCGUACCCGAAAGAAGACGACAUGGAGACGAACCUGUCUGACGUCCCGUUCGACAAUAGCCUCAAAGACACGGUUCUGACGGCGGAUGGCGACGGGUCCGAAUGCGGUCCAAGUCGCAUUUCAGUGCAUCUCCUGCCGGGUGACGACAUCGCUGCCGCCGCCGAAAAGAGCCGAAAAGUCAGCUUCAUGACGAACAAACACCCGCCGCGCGUCGACACUGUGUCCACUUCGAUGACGGGAUCGCUGGAUCGACAGACCCCCGGGGCUCAGCCGUCUCCGAAGUUCCUCAAGAGCUUCUUGUUCCGCCAGUCGACCGUCGAGUUGCCCACUGACCCGUGCACAGGCGUGAUUCACAUGACGCACUGGUACUGACACCGGAGCUCUCACGCCGAUCAAACUCUAUAGCUGCAGUGAUCCAUAUAGUCGAUACCUGGGCGAGACCAGCAGCAGCAUGCGGAGGUGCUACUCACCCACGACAUAACGUCGAGGAAUUAUUCCCUGUAUAUAAUGAUGCCGUGCAUCAGGAGGCGAGUUCGGAGGACCGCGACCAAAGGCAACCACGAACAACUCCUCGACGCGUUCCGCGCAGAAUCACGCGAGCGAAUGAACGCGGACGCUGGGUACCCGCGAGGAAAUCCCAAUGGCGCUUUCGGCUUUCCCAACCGCAGAUUGGUCCAUCGCGGGUUGCAGAUCUUUCAGCAAUUACGAGAUACAUAUUGUAUGUGGAGCCGCGUAAUUGUCGGUCAUUCUUUCUUUUUUCAUUAUUCGAGAUCCAGGGC